UUAUCGUCGCCUUAUCUCGCCGAGUUGUAUUUUCUACAAAAUAUACACGAUUGAUUUAAUUGAACGCGAAUAGACGUAAACAAUUAUUAAUUAAUAUUCAUUAUUCGAUACUCGAAGAAUUUGAUUGAGAGUUCAGACACUCGAUCCGUCGUCGACGCCCAUAUUUAUAUAUCGUAUAACGUAACUCAAAAAUCAUCACAAUGGGUCUCGAGCGGACGGCAAAGCAAGUGGACGACGAAUUGGAUGGGAUUUGUCUACAAAUGGUUCAAUUAAUGGACGAAUAUUGUUCGAAUAUCGGUCGACUGGAACACUAUUUACGUGAUGGAUGCGUGCACCUAGCCAAAAGUAGGUACGUGAUGGGCCACCGUAGCGUGUCCGACCUACAGCUACCGACGUCCGGCCAGUACACCGCUCGCUCUACGGUAGUGCGCGAUGAGGACACUAAUGUGAUCCAUUUGGCGUGUAACGAUGGCGGAGACGACCCUAUCAAACGUUUUGGCGUGCUUGUUCCAGGUAGUCUACGCAAAGCUCAAGAAGGUUUUUGCAAAUGCUUAGAGUCCACAAUCGAAGCCGCGAUUAUAAAAGCGGAAAUGGAAAAAAUUCAGGGAAAUUAUUCGUCAUUAAAAAAUGCGAGAAGUCAGAUGACAAACGUAGUAAAUAAGUGAAAAUAAAAUAAACAUUGAUUCCUCAUACAAUA